UUUUUUGCCAAGAUGGUGGCCGGGAUGCUGAUGCCGCGGGACCGCCUGCGGGCGAUCUACGAAAUCUUUUUCAGAGAUGGUGUCAUGGUGGCGACGAACGACGAGAGGCCUCAGAGCCGCCACGCUGAGGUGCCCGGCGUCACCAACUUGCAGGUGACCAAAGCCAUGGGCUCGCUAAAGUCACGUGGGCUCGUCCGGGAGACUUUUGUAUGGCGGCAUUGCUACUGGUACCUCACCAACGAGGGCAUCGCUUACCUUCGCCAGUACCUGCAUCUGCCUCCUGAGAUUGUGCCGGCAUCUCUCCAGAGAGUGAGGCGUCCUGUGCCUUCCGUGGGUGCACCCAGGAGGACACCUGCUGACAACGUGCAGUCCGUCCGAGGACCUACAUCCUACGUCCCAAAGCCCCAGGGCGACACGGAGAGGCAAGAGUAUCGGCGAAGAGAGCAGACUGCGACCCAGAGAGAACAGAACAGCACGCAUGGCUCCUCCACUCCCCACGUGGUUGACAACAGCUGGCAGGAAGGUGGGUGGCAGAGAUUUGCGGACAGGGAUGAGCAGAAGGGGGGAACAAGUUACCCUAGUCAUGCUUUUCAUGUCCCGAAUGGUGGAGAGAAGUGGGGUAGCAGCCGGGAAAGUCAGAAGUGGGAUGAGGGUAGGAAGAGAUCUGUAGAGGGGACAGCCUUAGAGAGCACAGAGCGGAAAACGGUCAUAGAGAUCACACAGAGGAGGACAGCUGAGAAGAGGCUGGCAGAGACUCAAGGGCUCAGGAAGCAGGAGGUUACAAGCAGACAGGCAGGGAGAGCACAUGCUGACUUUCUGACAGCUUUGAGUCCCGUCACCUCCAUUCAUGAGAGACAGGAGGAAAGGAGGGAGGGGAAUCAAGCAAGGGAGACUGAGAUCGUUAUAAAUAGCGUCACCUCAACCUCACAAGUACAUUAUGCAGGAAAGAAACCCUGGGCCAAACUGGUACAAACACAGGAGGAGGUUGGAAACCUAGUAGUAGAAAAAUCAGUUGAGCGCCAUGUAGUCCCCUCAAUGUCGGUGACUUCAGUCACCACUCAUAAAACACUACAGACCAUCACCCACGUGCAAGGGGAAAACAUGGAGGUCAAAGAGGCGUCAGAUGUGCAAAAGGUAUUAUUUGAGCAGAAGCCCAAGCAGGAGAAGGGCCAAUCAAAAAUACAAAAGGAAAAGGAGAAGCAAACCAGCACAGAAGUAGUGGAGGCCGUGCAGGCCUCAAGCAUAGCGGCCUCUCAUGUAGAGUCAGUUAAAGUAGAAACUAUGCAAGAAAAUUAUUUUCAAAAGAAGGACCAUAUCGAUGUACAGGUAACUGAACCUCGGGUAGCUACAAACCCAGAGGCUGCAGAGUCACAGGGUCAAGGGAGUAAGCGAAAAAACAAAAAGAAAAAAGAGAGAGAAGAGAUUUCUGAAAUUCCAAGUCCAGUAACUUUAACAGUCACACUUCCAAUUACUGAGGCAAAAGGAGGCAUCCAGUUAGAAGAGGUUAAAGAGUGA